AGAUGGAAGCUUGUUUCAGAUGUUCACGAGGAAGCAAUCCGCUGAGACCAGUCGCAAAAUUCUCAGUUUCUCUCCGCUCUCCUUUCGUCUCUUUCAGCACUGGUAAGCCGAGCAAGAAAGCUUAUGAUGGUUUGUUGAUUGAUGCUGGAGGAACCCUUUUGCAAUUGUCGAGACCUGUCCAUGAAACUUACGCUUCAUUGGGCCAAAAAUACGGUCUCAGGACUACUCCAGCUGAGAUCAAGCAGGGUUUCAAGAGAGCUUUUGCUGCUCCUUGGCCUGAGAAGUUGCGUUACCAGGGAGAUGGAAGACCGUUUUGGAAGCUCCUUGUCUCGGAGGCUACUGGUUGUUCUGAUAAUGACUACUUUGAAGAAGUGUACCAAUAUUACGCUAAUGGUGAGGCGUGGCAUCUCCCAGAAGGAGCUUAUGAGACAAUGUCGCUACUGAAAGAUGCUGGAGUUAAGAUGGCUGUUGUGUCUAAUUUCGAUACCAGGCUCAAAAAGCUAUUGAAGGAUCUUAAUGUCAUAGAUAUGUUCGACGCUGUGAUUGUAUCCUCAGAAGUCGGAUACGAGAAGCCUGAUGGUCGAAUCUUCAAAUCCGCUUUAGAGCAAAUCAGCAUCGAGGCAAACAGAGCAGUGCAUGUCGGAGAUGAUGAAGGAGCAGAUAAAGGCGGAGCAAACGCCAUGGGUAUUGCUUGUUGGUUAUGGGGAAAAGAUGUGAAGACAUUUUCAGACAUACAAGAUCGGAUUUUGGUUUCAGAACAC